CACCUAGUUUAAUUGUUUUGUGAGCUUAUGCAACCAUCAGGUACUUGGAAAUAUAUCAAAGCGUGACAAGGACAGUAAUUUUUUUCCAACCACUUAACUGUGGAACCUCACUGCAGAGUUCAUGCAUAUGUGUGAGAAGAAUUGGACAACUCCCGUCAGGUUUUUCAGUGAGUUUGAAAGCAGAUCAGUAAUCCUGGAUCAGAGUGGACAAAGGGCCCCAGAGUGCUGCUCGUGAUGUAAUCACUGUGUUUGACCCCCCACGGCUCUCCCCUCGUUUAUUUGCUGUGUGUUUGUGACAAGAGAAGGUCGCUGCUGUAGUUGACCAUCAAAACUGCAUCACAUCACAAGCUCCAAAGGCAGGUUGGUCACAGUCCAUUGGCUGCGUCUCAGGGGCCAGCUGAUGAUGACCUCACACACAGUGGGAAGAAGAAAGUAUUGACCAGUUCUCAGGAGAGGAAUGUGCCACUGCUAAGCCGUGAGGAGAGGAGAGGUUCUUUGGAUUCCUAUGGCCAAGUAAAACCGACUGGGAGAUUUUUGUUCCCUUUUUUUGCCUACAAUUAUUGCUCUUUAUGAUUAGAAGGGCACGUUACCUCACGUGAGUAUCACUUGGUAAACAUUUACUUAGUUCACGCCUCUGAAAGUGUGUGUGUGACUGUUAGCUGUAUCUGCAAGUGAAGAAAUUAUCACGUCUGCUGGGAACCGAGUAAGUAUGUGUGCUGUUUCUUCUAAAAUGACGUGAAAAAAAUUGUGCGAGCUAUAAUGUCUGGCUUUUGACUGGAAUUGAAAGUGUCUUCUAGUACAUACACCUAAUUCAGCAUGGGUUCGCUGCAGAACUCCACUCAGAUCAUGUGGGCACUGAACACUCGUUUGAAGGGCUUCCUGGAGCAUGUAAACAGGCUGCAAGAGACCAACCAACAAUUGGAAGCUCAGAUAGCUGAAAGGAGCAUGGUGAACACUUCGAGUUCUCAGGAUUGGUCCAAGCAGGAAGAAGCCGUGAAAGAACUCCGUGCUCAGGUUGGCAAACUACUAAUGGAGAAUGCCCAGUUGGCAUUGCAGUCUGAAAGCAUGAAGUCCAGAGCUUCUGCCAUUCAGGCCAGGUGUGACACGGAAGAGCAUAACACCAUGCACCUGGAGCAGCAGGUAGCUCUGCUAAGGGAGUCAAAGAAGAAGACAGAUCAGAGCAACAUGAUUCUGCAGGCAGACAUUGUUCACUCCAUGACAGAGCUUCAUGACAUAAACCAAGAGUAUCAGGCAGCCCGAGCUCUGCAGUUGCAGCGAUCCCCCUCAUGCGAUGCUCUAUUAGCAGUGACCGGGGGAGCAGGUAAACAGGAAGAGGAUGGCACAGGGAUGGAGCUCACCAAACUCCUCGACCAGAUCAGAGCUCAAUGCAACCUGAACAGACAGAAUGACAGACACCUCGGUCCGGGUGCAGGCUCACAUUCGCUUCCCAGCUGUCCCGGGCCGAGCCAGGUUGAAGCUGGAGCGGCAGCUGCAUCAACAACACAGAGUGGCUCUCUCAUCGAGGAAGCAGCAGCAUGGACCCAGGGUAACCUCGGCAGCAAUGCGCUAAGGGAGGCUUGGGCAGAGUUGGCUGAGGCCCGGAAGCAGUGGCACUCCCUCCAGGUGGAGAUUGAGACUCUGCAUGGCUUGGAGAAAGGCCUGGAGAGCUCCCUCCACAACACCCAGCAGCUGUACUCCAGCCAGCUGCAAGAACUUUCCCAGGCGAUCGCUGGGUUGGAGGCUGAGCUGGAGCAAGUGAGGAAUGGACUGGCCACACAGCGUCAGCGACAUAGCCAGAUGCUCAACACAAAAAUACAAUUGGAGCGAGAGAUUUCCACUUAUAGACGACUGCUGGAACAGGAAGAGGGCAGGUGCAUGAGCCACAGUGAACAGCAAACACGUUUACAGCUCUGGAGAUCGUCUUUGCUGGAACCGAAUGAAAAAGUUUCCGAGAACGGCUUCAGUGAUCCCAGCAUCACCCCAGAUGAACCAAGAUCAGAGCCUUUGCCUGACACACCUUCACUAAUACAAAAGGGCAACAAGCCAAAGGAAAGCUUCGCACUCCAUCGGCCACAGAGUCUUGUGAUACUCACAGAACCAGAGCAAGAUAAACAUUUACCAAUCUCCACUGUGAAGACUCAGGAGAUUCUUCAGGGUAACAUAGUGCAGGAAAGUGCAGAGGGCCAUGGCACUGUUGGGACCGAAAAGAUUGACAAGGUCAUCAAGCAAUGGGAGAGCUCGUUCUUCAAGGAUAACCCAAAACUACGUAAGAAGUCUGUGUCCCUGCGCUUCGACCUGCACAUGGCUGCAGCAGACGAGGGCUGUGCCCAGGUUAAACAAGACACUCUCCCGGAUGUUGAAGUGCGGCUCAUCAUGAAAAGAUCUCGCAGCAGUGCAACUAUCACACCAUAAAUUACGGCAUCAGCCACUGAGUGAAUGUUGACUGGAGUUUCUGCCUUAAACAGCUAUCUGAUAUUGAUAUAUGCAUUUUGGUUUGAUACUGAAGUUGGAUGAUAAAAUUCACUUGUACGGGAAAUGAUGGUAACGUGUUUUGCACCUUGACUUUUUUUUGUCAAUUCAUGGAAUAUCUCAGAAAAAAAUUACCAAUUCAUCAGCACUUCUUUUAAAUCUAAAAUGGGUUGUUGUUUUUUAUUUCCCCAUUUUGUCUAAUUGACAUAGGUACUCCCAAAAAACAGGUCCUCUCUGCCUUCUCUCCAUUUGUUCAUUCAGUGAGGAAGAAAGUAUGUGUUGGAAAGUAUGUGUUGGAAGUUGUGUUGGAAAGUAUGUGUUGGAAAUUGAGUUUGUGUUCAAUGACUGUGAUUGAGGAACUUUUCAAAUGUCCGUUUUAAUUUCAUUGUCUCAUUUGUGCAUGAUACCUCAGACAUUGUCUGGCUUAAAGAUUAUGUUGACUACCUGCUUUUUACAAAUAGCAGUCAAUAGAGCCUACUGAUUUGAUUGCUUUCUGAUACUGUGGUGAAUUUAGUUAAGGGAAACUCAUGACGUUGUUCAAUUGUGUCAUAAAGCUAAACCUUAAAAUACUUAAAAUCUCACUGCUGCAAUAUUAUUUAUCUGAUACAAAGCAUAAACACAGCCUCAUGCCCCAGUAUAGUAAUUUAUUUUGUGGAGCGUGCACAUUCGCUGUUUUAACCAGACAGUAGCAGCAUUUGUACAUAGUUAAUAGUGAGCUAUACAAUAGUCUAUGUAAUGUGUAAAAAUAUAUUUUUGCCCAACUAUUGAAAUGAAACAAAUGCUUACACCUUUUAUUGCAUUUAUUUGUAUUUGCUUGUGGUCACAUAAAAAUGCUUCACUGUAAAUAGCGGUCACUUUUCAUUUCCAUUAAAUUAUGUUUCCUAUUUCAAGCAUUUUAAUUUGUUGUCGAAGCAAUUCUACUUGACUUAACUUUGCCUAAAGAUGUGGACAUUCUUCAUCAGAAAUAGGCCGAAAUGGAAUCUUUUGUUUUCAGCUUACAAAGAAAGUGAAUAUGCUGAUAGUUAUGCUUAACCACUAAGUGCUUUGCCACAGUAUGUUUACAGUGACUUCCUCUGAAAAUGAUACAUUCACAUAAUUGGUGCACAUUGAUUGAGACAAGCCUGACAUGUUAAUUUAUCAUGACAAAAAGUACACAGACAGUAAUAAACAGAAUACACUGUUUACAAUGUAGUGCAAUAAGUAGUAUGAUGUAGUGCAUCUUUGUUUUUGGUUCGGGAUAACAUUAGCAAUUAAUUCUGAUUUUAUUCUUCCAAACAUUCUGAUCUUUCAUCACAAUAUUUUACAAUCAAUAAGACAAAGCAUGCCAACACUGAAUUGUAUAUGUCGCAAAUAGCAUAAAACAUCAUGCUGUACAAGAAAGGUGCUAGUUUCAUGCCACAGAUUAUUUGUAGCCUAUACACUAUCGAGAUU